AACGCCCGAGCUCGAGAAGGCCUGCUGGUGUUUUCAGUAGGGAAAGAGAGGAAGAAAAAUGGCGGCUAUGUGCGACCCGGAGCGGGACACCGGCCAUAUCGUCCGAGCUUUAUCCCGUUAAUCGAGUCCGCUGCUUUUGUGGGACUUUUGGAAAGUAGUUUGUGAGGGUGGGCUUGGAGGUUAUUAAUAACUGCGUGCUUUUGUGUGUUUUUUCUGUAGGACUCGUGGCCCGAAAGAAGGCUGUAAAUAAAGAGAAAAGAAUAAUAAAUAAAAUAUCCUAAACACAUCCUGUUAAAAAAUAUGAAAGGAGGAGGAAGAAGAAGAAGCAGAAGAAGCAGCAGGCCGGUUGCUCGGGCUCUCGUGCCGGAGGAGGGAUCAUCACAAGCGGCGGCGCGAAGCAGUCGAGGCGGCCGGGUUAGAGGCAGACGCAAAGGGAGAGGAGUGUGGACGCUGGACUCCUCGGAGGUGGAUGGAAACUACGAGCCACCGAAAAAGGGACGACGGAGAGGAAGCUCGGUACCGAGGGGCAGAGGAGGAGGAGGAAGCGGCAGCAGCAGGGGUAAGAGAGGAGGAGGAAGGCGCAAAACAUUAAGCAAAAUAGUUUACGACGACCACGAGAGCAGCAACGAGGAGGAAGAGGACGUUGUGAGUUUACAGUCCGAGGGAGACGAGGACGACCUGUUCCUCCGCCGCUCUGACGAUGACGCGGAUUAUGAAGAAGAAGAAGAGGAUGUUGGUGAUGAUGGCUCCGACUAUGUAGAAGAGUCGCCGGAGGAGGAGGAGGACAACGCGAGCUGCGGCGACACUCCGGGCCGCAAGAGGACUCGCGUGCAUCGCCCGCGCGCCCCUGACUUCGAGGAGAAGAACGUCCCCCUUCUGGAGCUCCCCAAGUCAUCUGACGACGUUCUGAUGCCAGCAACGCACCUCCUCACGGCUGCUUCCAUCUACGAGGUGCUGCGAUACUUCAGCACGGUGUUGCGGCUCUCUCCGUUCCGCUUCGAGGACUUCUGCGCAGCUCUGUCGGGACAGGACCAGUGCACGCUGCUGGCCGAGACGCACAUCUCGCUAAUGAAGGCCAUCCUGCGUGAGGAGGACACAUCGAACACGAGCUUCGGCCCAGCAGAUCUGAAGGACAGCGUGAACUCCACGUUCUAUUUCAUGGACGGGAUGACGUGGCCCGAGGUGGUGCGGGCUUACUGCGAGAGUGACCCCGAGUUCCAGCAUGUUCUGAGCCUCCAGAACCAAGACGACUUCCCCUACGAACCUCUUGAGAGCAAACUGAAAGGUUGCUCAUUGAACCACUCGCACUGGGACGCCAUUGUUCUGCAACGUCAGAACGUGUGUAUCAGCCAGCGCCACCGUCGGACGCCCAGGGAACGUCUGUAUGGUGCAUUCAUGCCGUGUACAAACACGGCAAUUAGAGCCAUUGGAGAGGAAUGGCAGUGUGAGGUGUGUGAAGCUCACCGGGUGCCAGGCGUAGGUGACAGUGUCACGGAGAGCCAGAAGACCCGCCCCUACAUCAGACACGAGCCGAUCGGGUUCGACCGUCACCGGAGGAAAUACUGGUUCCUAAACCGAAGGAUCAUAGUAGAGGAGGACGGCGAGCACGAGAACAAGACAAUCUGGUAUUACAGUACCAAGGUGCAGCUGGCGGAGCUAUUAAACGUGCUGGAUAAGACGUACUGGGAGAAACAGCUGUGCACCACACUGGAGGAAUUACGAGACGAGAUCCACACACACAUGGACAUCACAGAGGAGCUCACUGACAAAGCCAGAGGCAGUAACAAGUCGUACCUGACCGCAGCUAACGAGGAGAUCCUGGAGCGUGUGAGAGCCAAGCAGGAGCAGGAGAUGGAGGAGGUAAAGAGGAAAGCUGUCGAGGAGCUGCAGAAAUGCAAAAGGGAGGAAUUGCAGGAGCAGAAGUCCACCGCUGAACAAGAGGACUCUGAGGCCCCUGAAGACAAAUCCCUCCAGGCCCAGACAGACACGGAGGAGGCCGACCCUGCAGCUGAAGCGUCCUGUGAUUCAGAGUCCCCGGGGGCUUCGGUGUCCACCGUCUCCCAGAUGCCGGGGCCUUCUGAUGGGUCAGUGGAGCUCAGUGAGCCCCAGAAAGGGAACGGUCUGGAGGAGCUGCCCAAGACGGCAGGUACCCCUCAGGAAAGACAUACAUCAAGCGCAGCCGCCAAUGUUGAGGAAAAUCCCCCGUCCCCACAGACUGCUGAUGAGAACAGUAGGAGCAGUCUAAAAGGAGGAGACGAUGCGGACGCUGCAGAGAGAGCCUGCAGCCAGGACGAGACGGGUGAUGAGAAGGAGAAAGGAAGCGGUGAGUUGCUGACAGGAACGCAUGGGACAUUGGCAGCCACACGCAUGGUGACGCGCCUGCGCAACCCAGACAGCAAACUGAGUCAGCAGAAGAGCCAGCAGGUGGCAGCAGUGCACCAUGAGUCGUAUCGGCUGUUCAAGGAGGGAAAAGAUGUCCUAGCCUUAAGUCAGCAAGCAGACAUCGCCCGUCUCAACUCGCGCAGCACCAAAGACGUGCUUUUGAAGGGUUCCUACUUCCGCCUGGGUCAGGAAGGCAAGUACCGCGCCUACCAGAACCAGUAUAGCACCAACACUCUGGCGCUCAACAAGCACCAGCACCGAGAGGACCACGACAAGCGCAGACACCUCUCGCACAAGUUCUGCUUGACCCCUGCUGGAGACUUCAAAUGGAACGGCCCAAUUUAUGGCUCCAGGCUGCUCAUCGUGUCCACACUGAGGCUCAGUAUCAUCCAGCUGGAGAACAACAUCCCAGCGCCAUUUCUGCACCCUAACUGGGACUCGCAUAGGGCAAACUGGAGCAAGGCUGUGCAGAUAUGCAGCAAGGCGCGGGAGUUUGCUUUGGCCUUAGCCAUCCUUGAGUGCUCCAUCAAACCAGUAGCCAUGCUGCCUGUAUGGAAGGACUCACUGGGCCACUCGCGGCUGCACCGUAUGACGUCCCUCGAGCGGGAGGAGAAGGAGAAGGUGAGGAAGAGGGAGAAGAAGCUGGAGGAAGAGGAGACCAUGCAGCAGGCCACUUGGGUCAAAUACACCUUCCGUAUUAAACAUCAGGUUUGGAAACAGAAAGGAGAGGAGUACAGGGUGACUGGUUAUGGGGGCUGGUGCUGGAUCAGUAAGACCCGUGUCCAUCGGUUUGUUCCAAGACUUCCCGGGAACACCAACACCCCUUACUGGCGAGAGACCGAAGCUGGCAAGAGCAUCAAAAAUCCUGCACUCUCGAACAUCGCCAAAAGUCCUGAAACGUCCGUGGAGGAGGAUAAAAGAGAGACAGAUGAAAAGAGAGAAGGCGGGAUGAAGGAUGAGGAGAUGGACAUUGAAGCAAACGCAUCCGGUACUCAGCCGGAUGAUGGAAAAGCGUCUGCUGCGGGCAGAGACCAUGCAGGUUCAGAUGAUGCCAGUGUUAAGCAGGAAAAGGAAGGACCCAAACCUUUCUUCUAUGACUUGGUCAACGUGAGCGAGGGCUUCCUGCUCCGAACGGCUUACGAGAAGAGGGUCGAUCCCGCCAAACUGGACGAGCUGCUUGAGCACCGGGUCAAGCAACAGGCCAUCGAGGAAAGGCAGAAGAAGUCGGCCAUUUCCGCCAAUCCUAAGGUUGUGAUCCAGAGGCUCAAGUUUAAAAUGGAGCCACAUGGAGCAGUAGCGUGCAUACAGCCCGAGGUUAAAUCAGAAGUCAAGAAGGGCGCGCAGGAGUCAACCAAAGAGCCGGUUUUAUCUUUGGUGCAUUCUGUUAGCCAGGAAGCCAGGACAAAUGGGUCAACAGGUGAGUGUGUAGGGCGUGGAGAGCCUGGUGGAGGUGGUACCACACCUGGUCUGAGCCACUCUCAAUCUGGGAUCCAAAAGACUACGCCACUUUUCUUACGGGACUCUCAUAAGCUAUGUGUUAAUCUGGAUAAUGUAAAACUGAGUGAAAGCGGUACUGUUCUCCCAUCCACUGGAGGCAGCAGUGAGCAAAAAUCACUUGGCACAGGGAACCAGCAAACAAGCGAAAGCACACCAACUCAGGUGAAUAAAGUGUCAUUAGGGGAGAAUGGGGAUGGGUACAGGGAACAGGAGAGCAAAGGAAAUGGUUCUCGUUUCUUGCAAAUGAACGGACAGGAUGUUAAGGAACCAGGUACCGAGGAGACGCUGACCAAUAGUGUGGUGAACAACCGGAGGAUAGAGGACGAUAAGAAGGCUCUGUCGCUCAAGGAUCCUCUGAAACCCGUAGUGAACGGAAGUAGCGGUCUGGUUGGGGAUCUCGGCACAGACGCCGCAGGGGGAAACCCAGAGUACCUCCCCCCACAGAAGGUGCCUCGUCUUGGCGUCACCGUCGAGGAUCUGGCACUAUCCUCUCCGACCAUCCCCAAAUCAGAGCCUACGUUGGAUAGCAAAGAGCACAGCAGAAUGGAAGCCAGGUUAGACGGGGAUGACAAAGUGUCCCAGAGGACAAUCGUUCCCUCUCCGGUGCUCUCGGCAGAGGAAUCGAGCCUCAGCAAUGACUUUGUCGAGAGCAACUGCAGCAGGGGUUCUCAUACAACGGUGGUCACGCAAGUCACUGCCACCAUAACAACCACCACCGAGUCUCAGACGAUUAGCAGCAGUACAGCGACGCAGAGCAACACCGUUUCUACCCUCACAACCAAAACCACGGUGACGCAGGAAACGAAAACCACCACGGCACCUUCAACGGAAAACUCAUCCUGGAUCGUCUCCAAGGCAAUAACACGGGUGCAGUCCACGCGAGAACGGGUCCAGCUCAUUCGCUUUUCUCGGACCAAGAAGGCGCGAUCUGAAACGGCUCUUCCAACUUACCGCAAGUUUGCCACCAAGAGCUGCAAGAAGAGCUGCAAGAAGAGCAUCUUCAUUCUUCCAAGUGAAGAGCUCAAGAAGCUGGCACGCAAGGGUGGCUUCAGGGAAGUGUCAGUGUUCAGCUACAGUGCCAAACCAGCCCCAGAUAUCUGGCCAUACCCAUCGCCCAGACCCACAUUUGGCAUCACUUGGAGGUAUCGUCUCCAGACCGUGAAUUCGAUAGCAGGGGUGAGUCUGAUGUUGCGGCUUCUUUGGGCAUGUCUUCGCUGGGACGACAUGGCUGUAAAACCUUCGUCUAAUGCUGGGACUACACGCACAGAAACAUCCGAGACUGAAAUCACCACCACGGAGAUCAUCAAGCGCAGAGACGUCGGCCCUUAUGGUAUCCGGUCAGAAUACUGCAUACGGAAGAUCAUUUGUCCUCUUGGGGUCCCUGAAACGCCUAGAGCAGAGACGUGCACGCCGCAGAGGAAAGGCCUGCGCUCCAGCGCUCUGCGGCCCAAACGCCCUGAGCCUGGCAAGCAGGAUGGCCCAAUCAUCAUCGAAACCUGGGUGCCUGAAGAAGAUCUGCAUUUGUGGGAAAUCCGUGCAUUUGCAGAGCGAGCGGAAAGAGAGAAAGCCCAGGCAGCAGAGCAGGCCAGGAUUAGCGCUCGGAGGAAAGCGUUGGAGCUUCAGCAACAGAAACGUCAGGAACAAAAGGAACAAAAGCAGCAAGCCGCUGGAGCCUCCACAGCCUCGGGCAGCCCCGCCACCCCCAGCACUCCCAAAACGACAUCAGGGUCCCUCACCAGCCAGGUCACACCUGGAACCAAAGUGGUACUGGCUACCAAAAUGGGCACGCCGGUGUCAUUCCAGCAAAAUAAAAACUUCCAGCAAACAUUUGCUACUUGGGUCCAAGGUCAAGUGUCCAGCAGCACUGUUACCACCGUCUCCACGACAACAGGACAAACCUUCCAGAUCUCAGGCAGUCCUGUGUCUGUCACUGGCAAAGUCAUCCCUCUUCCCGCCAACAGCAAGAUCGUCACACUCAGUGUGCCCAACAUGCAAGGAGGUGUACAGCAGAAGGUUGUGGGCAUCAUUCCACCCAGUACCACAGGCAACCAGCAGACCAUCACCACACUGCAGCCCAACACGACUGCAGUCAAUAUCACAGCCAAGGCUCAGGGCACAGCAACACAACAGGUGAUCACAACUGGAGGACAGCUAAGGACAGGGAUGACGGUAUUACGAGCGCCUGUGCAACAAGGAGCUGCUCUGGGGAAAACCAUCAUCAGAACCCCGAUAGUGGUGCAGCAAGGUCAGGCUGGUAAGGUGGUGACUCAGAUCCUCCAAGGACAGCCUGGUAGUCCUGCAAGCAGCACGCAGAUCCGGGGCACAACCCCACAAACUGCUGCCAGCCCCAGAACAACCCAGGGGCCGGUCAGAUUAACCCUCACUCAGCUCACCCAGCACAGACAGGGGGCGCAGAAGCAGCAGGGAGCAGCAGUGGAAAGCCAGCAGGGGGUAACGGUGAUGGUGCAGGGUCAGGGUCAGACAGCAGGUCAGCUGCAGGUCAUCCCUCCUGGCAUGACGGUGAUCCCAGGAGCUGGCCAGCAGCUCAUGCAGGCCGUCUUGCCUAACGGCCAGGUGCAGCGUUUCCUGUUCACACCCUCUCCUGCUUCACCUUCCACACCAGGUCAAACUCAGCCUGCUCCCAAGACGUGCCCUCCGUCCCCUGCCCAGCCAGUGCAAGCGGGCGCUUUUGCCCCCCGUACACCACCGAUGACCCACAAGGCCCAAAUGCCAGUCCAGUCUCCCACCCCUCUCCAGGCCAAAGCUACGGUGAACCAGAUAGCUGUAAAACAGCAGCAGGUGAGGCCCCAGGUGCAGCUCCACCAGGGGGCCCAGGUCAUUGCAGUGCCAGGGUUACAGUUCCAGCCAGAGCAGACAGUUAAACUCCACUUGCCUGUACAGCUCCAGCAGCAGGCUGGUCCAACAUGCCAGGCAGGUGUAAAGUCCCAGCAGGUCCAGAACGUGGUGACGUUGCAGACGGCCAGCGUCCAGGAGCAGCUCCAGAGGAUCCAGCAGCUCCGUGAGCAGCAGCAGCAGAAGAAACGGCAACAGCAGGAGGCAAAGAGGGAGCAGCAGCAGCAGGCUGUCAGCCAGAACGACCUUAUCCAAAAACAGGUGGUGAUGAAGCAGAACGCAGCGAUUGAGCAGCUGAAACAGAAGAAGGCUAUGACUCCUGCAGAACGUGAAGAGAACCAGAGGAUGAUCGUGUGUAACCAGGUGAUGAAGUUCAUCCUGGACAAGAUCGACAAGGACGAGCGGCAGGCAGCGAAAAAGCGGAAACGAGAGGAGACGGUGGAGCAAAAACGGAGCAAGCAGAUGGCCGUCAAGCUCUCGGCUUUGCUCUUCAAGCACAAAGAGCAGCUCAAAGCUGAGAUCCUGAAGAAGAGAGCACUGCUUGACAGGCAGCUGCAGCUGGAGGUGCAGGACGAGUUGAGGCGAGAUUUAGAGAAGAUCUCUCGGGAAAGAGAAGCAGCUCAAGCAGCUGCUGCCACCCGGGUCACGAGCCCAACACCGCCGUCAACCUACAAACGUAAAUAUGAGGACGAGAACGUGGCCAAAUCGAAGAAAAAGAUGAUCACAACUACCUCAAGAGAAACCAAGGAGGACACAAAUCUGUACUGCAUCUGCAAGACGCCGUACGAUGAGACCAAGUUUUAUAUAGGCUGCGAUUUGUGCACAAACUGGUACCACGGUGAUUGUGUGGGCAUCACCGAGAAGGAGGCGAAGAAGAUGGACGACUACAUCUGUGCAGAAUGUAAACACGUGCAAGAAGGAACCACCGAGGAGCUCUACUGCAUCUGCAGAACUCCUUACGAUGAAGCUCAGUUUUACAUAGGCUGCGACCGCUGUCAGAACUGGUACCACGGCCGCUGUGUGGGGAUCCUGCAGAGCGAGGCGACGUACAUCGACGAGUACAUCUGCCCUCAGUGCCAGUCCACCGAGGACGCCAUGACCGUUCUCACGCCCCUCACGGAGAAAGACUACGAGGGAUUGCGACGGAUCCUCCGCUCACUACAGGCUCACAAAAUGGCGUGGCCCUUCCUGGAGCCGGUGGACCCCGAAGAUGCCCCUGAUUAUUAUGGAGUAAUAAAGGAGCCGAUGGACCUCUCCACGAUGGAGGAGCGCGUGCUGAAGCGGCACUACAGUAAGCUGACGGAGUACGUAGCAGACAUGACCAGGAUCUUCGAUAACUGUCGAUACUACAACCCCAGCGACUCGCCCUUCUACCAGUGCGCAGAGGUGCUCGAGACCUUCUUCGUCCAGAAGCUUAAAGCCUUCAAAGCAAGCAGGUCUCAUAACAACAGACUACAGUCUACAGCUUCCUAAACUGCAUUACCCAUAAGCACUUUGGUAACUCUGUAACCAGAAAGUUGGUUCUGCUAAGUGAGCUCUUGCUUCCUACCUGCCUGUGGGAAUCAAACACAUGCUGCGCUGGAGCUACUGGUCUGACAGGAAACCAGAGAUUAGUGACUCGGCAUCUGGACUGGACCAUUUCACAGCAAAAUUGGGAAAUGGAGGUCAUUGUGGAAGAAGAACGCAGUUUAAAAAGCAGAUGGGAAGAACGAAGGUCUUUCUAGGAGAGGAUGGACCGGAGAGUGUACGAAACGACCCACACUGAUCCUUUAGUGUGCUAAAGGAGAACUUGGGCUAUUAUGCAACGUUCCAUUGUACUCGAAAUUGGGAUAUUUUAUUUCUAGUAGAAAUGUUUGAAAAUGCAUUCCGGUUCUUCUUGAGGGGUAUUGAGAGCUUUGAGAGGCACUCAUCCAAAAACUCAAAGCUUCAUAGUUUGGUCUGUGUAUACCAUAAGCAUGUAAUGAUUUUACCCAGUUCCCACUACAAUUCGAUUCACGUUUCAGUUUUCCCAUGAUAUUUUUGAAAGAAAUAUUCAAUGAAAAUUUUAUUACCAAAAAGUGCAACAUUUGUUUUUCUAUUCUAUCAACUUUUUGUGAAAUUCAGAAUUUUUUUUUUUUAACCCACAUUUGUAAAGGUUGGAGUAAAAUACAAUAGACUAUUAAAUAAAAUAUUCC